AUGGCUUUGGACUAUACCCAGUGUUGUGCCGAUAUCGAGCGGGCGGUGGGCAUCCUCAAUCGUACUCAGGCGCGGGUCGCCGAGGCGACAAAGGGAGUCGACACCAUCCUGCGGAUUGUCCACACCAAUCGAGUGUUUGGGUUGGUGGCAGAGGCCGAUCUUCGGCACGCCCACCGUCGCGCCCAUUCUGCCAAGGCCCGCUUGUACCCAGUGGCCACCUCCGUCGCUGCUCGUAUCGCUUACUUAGAACGCAAACGGGACCAGUUGGAACGCCGCAACCAUCUCCGAAGGCUAUUUGAUGGCGAUGACGUUCUAUUUACUAAGCUUUACCGGAUCGACCGCUUGCUAGAUAAACGCGACCAGUUGCAGCGCGAGGUCGAAGCCCGGUCUCGUGAUGAAUGA